UGUUGGGUAAGAAAUCAAUAAGUUAUUGAACAAACAAAUCCAGUGCUAGCCGGGCCGAGAUAAGCCGGCUUUGAUCUCACACGGUGUUCGAUCAGCUCCAUGCUGCGACGCCGGUGUUCCUAAGCCAGUGGAAGGGUGUAGAGGUCUAAGGACCGACGCACAAACUUUUAUUCUAAUCUUCAGCAAUAAACAUGAAUUGCAAUACUCGACUUGAACUAGGACGCUAAUCACAGUUACUCCACCAUCCACCGUACAACAUCCAUCAACCACCAGCCAACAUCCACCGUACAACAUCCAUCAGCUACCAAUGAGCCCUUGCCUCCACCAGACAUCCACCAGCCACGAUCCACCAACAGCUCACCCCUCCACACGACCUCAACAUGGAUAACUCCCCUCACGUGUGGAUCACCAGCAGACGACUGCGCAAUCCCCACUUCAGCCGGCAGCUAUCUGACAACCUCCAGGUCGUGGGUUCGAAUCUCACCGGCACGCGUCGCGUCAAGACCGCCACCUCACGAGAGCUGUUCAACACGGGACAAAAACCGGCUUUUAUUGACCACUACGGUCACGUGAUCGAGUCCUCGCUCAACGAAUGUGUUGGCAAGUCAAGUGUCAGUUUAUCGUCUGCUAAUCUGUCAAGUGCCACGUUGCCGGGUGUCUGUUCGUCAGGUGCCACGGUGUCAGGGGUGGCAACUUUGCCAGGCUCUAGGGUAAACUCUGCACACGACACUUCUCCUGUGAAUGACGCGGGUACGGCUAACCCAAAAGACUGGCGUAAAAACGGCCACGCCCAUAAACUGCCGGACAGGUCAAACACCCCCACCUACUGCCGCCCCAGCAUGGCGUCUAUCGUAGAGUCGGCGUGGGACGGAUCCGAUCCUGCACGGGCAGGGAUCUACAUCAAAACUGGCUCGGCGCGUCCUCAGACGGCGCACUCGAGAUAUUCAAGAGCGACAACAAUGUCUGCCUCUAGCAGGACUUCCGGUUGUCCGUCUGCUGAACCACGUGACGCAUCAGCAGAAGCAGCAGUCAGGAGGUGGCGCUACCGUCCUCUCAGUGCCGUCUACAACACCAUCAAGGCCAAACGAUACUUGGAAGGACGAUUAAGAGACAUCUAUCUGCAGAGACGGGCGGUAUCUGCCAGUCCUCAGUCUAAGGACAUUAGUCCUACAGGACAUUUAAGUAGGACCCCAAGGGCAGGCUAUGAUGGCAGACAGCAGAGUCGACACGGUAUCUCUGUGCUUAGUGCCCUGUCCCGGUUCCGCAUGGUUGGGUACAUCGCCAUCUACCUGCGGCGUCUGAUGCUGGUCAUCAUUGCCAACUGUAACGAGAAGACGAUGAGGUCAGCGACCGAGCUCCAGUGGAUGGCCGUCUACUCGGAGAAACAGGACGAUCUGCUGGCAUUCAACAAGUAUCUGUUUUCUAGGGACAGGGUGAUUGCGCACGUGCCGGACUGGGCGUUGACCAUCCUGAGUCUCCCCCCGGAACAAAGGUCAGAGCAACACUGUCGGCGCCUGCACGCCCUGCUGAGGGGGCUGAAGAGCUUUGACAAGUUCACAGAGGAGAUGCAGCUGUCUUUGUGCAGGGCCUUCACGCUAGAGAAGGUACAGGAGGGACGGGUUGUACUAAAGAGCGGCCAUGUUGGGGUCAACUUCUACUUCAUCUACUCAGGGUCGGUGUUUGUCAACUACGAGGACAUCAGUCUAGACGGCACGCCCUUCAUGAGGACGGUAGCCAUGCUGACCCGAGGGGACUCGUUCGGUGAGCUGGCCCUGCUCCAAGACAUCCGCCGUACGGCAACCAUCUCCGUACGCGAGAAGUGCGAGCUGCUGGUGGUCGAGAAGGAUGUCUUCGCCAGCGUUUGUCCGAAAAUUUUUGAGAAGGAGCUAGCUGAAAAACAUGCAUUUUUAAGCACGUUAGAUCUCUUCUCUCCCAGUUUUUGGAGUCCUGAGGCCAUCCAGUCUCUCUGUAUGAAUGCACAAAUUCAGGAGUACAAGAUCAACAAGGUGAUUGUUGCCAACAGCAGUCUAGAGGACUGGAUCUAUGCGUGCAUGGAGGGCAAGUGUCAGGUCAUCAGGUGCGUGUCCCUGGAUGCCGAGGCUAAGGGCCCGAGCAAGAGAAAAACAGGUCGGAUGUCGUCCUGUCGGAGGAGAUUCUUCAGCUGUUGGCUGCUGCUUCAGAACACGAGCACUCGAACCAGACUGUGGACGAUGGAGAUAUGAAGGAAAACUUGCUCUCCUCUCUCGGCUUGGAUUACGUCCACACCAACAAGAAAGUCUAUCUGGACAAGAGCCAUGAACGGGAGAGACAGCGGGCCAUACUGGGCCUCAACGAUACCACAACACUGACGGCCCUCAUCAAACGACAGAGGGAGACCAACAAGAACCUGGUCUUUCUUCACGUGGGGGUCAUUGAGACAGGGGAGA